AACUGUAGAUUUGACUCUAAAACAUCCCGGAUCUUAAAUUAACACCAGUCUACACUUCUUUAGUGUUGCUAUUAUUAUUUCAUUAAUUUGUUUUUAUUAUUUAUUGUAGUGUAUUUAAAUUAAAAUGGACUGCGUUGACUUUCCGAGAGUUCUUCCAAAUUCACCGAGAAAAGCACGGGGACAGAUUCAGGUCAUCUUCGGACCGAUGUUUUCAGGCAAAAGCACUGAACUGAUGAGAAGAGUGCGCCGUUUCCAGGUAGCCCAGUACAAGUGCCUGGUGAUCAAAUAUGCCAAAGACACACGUUAUUCCGACCAAGGCAUGGCCACACAUGACAAAAACACAAUGGAAGCUGUACCAGCCAAUUGUCUGGGAGAUGUGAGGUCUUUGGCACUGCAAGCCUGUGUCAUUGGAAUCGAUGAGGGACAGUUUUUUCCAGAUACGGUGGCGUUCAGUGAGGAGAUGGCCAAUUUAGGGAAGACAGUCAUCGUAGCUGCCUUGGAUGGAACCUUCCAGAGAAAGCCAUUUGGGAACAUCCUGAACCUUGUGCCUCUCGCGGAGAGCGUAGUGAAGCUCCAUGCUGUCUGCAUGCAGUGUUACAAAGAAGCUGCCUACACCAAGAGGAUAGGAGCAGAGAAGGAGGUGGAGGUGAUCGGCGGAGCUGACAAGUAUCAGGCGGUCUGCAGAAAGUGUUAUGGAGGUCUGACGGUGGACAAAGAGAACAGUUUUCUCUCCAGGAAUGAAACGCCACAAAAUGUCCUCACAGGAAAACUCGUGGACGCCGGAGUUCCCAGGAAGCUUUUCUCCUCCCUCCACCUCUGAAGACAGAAAUAAGACUUGCUGCAGGAGCUGAGGUUCAUUAAUAACCCUGGAUAUAAAGGACGGCUUCAAUUCACUGUAGUGUUCAUAUCUGGAACUUAUGUUUGGGGUUUUGUUUUGUUUUUACAUCUUUUACCUGUAAUAUUGCCUCAUUAAAUAUAAAUUAUUUAUGCCAUCAGUUGUAAGGAAGUCAGUGUAAAGAAAAACAACUCACUUUUCACUCUGUGUAUUGCAGGUCAUAAAUGGUAUAAAGUGAAAUCUACA